UGGAGCUUUCUGAAAUCUGCACCGGCACGACAUCACAUUUACGAGUCAUCAAAAAUUUUUGUACACGCGAGAGAGUGAGUUAUAAUCCAAAUAUUAUAAAACGAUAAUUCUCUUUGCUAUACACCGACCGUUAUGGAUAAGGUAUCUGUAUUGAAAGAGAAAGGAAAUGCUGCCUUGCAAGAUGGUAGAUUUGAUGAAGCUAUCAAACAUUAUACUGAAGCUAUAACUUUGGAUAGUAAUAAUCAUGUCUUAUAUAGUAAUCGAUCUGCAGCAUUUGCGAAAGCAAAAUUGUACGAGAAGGCUUUGGAAGAUGCUGAAAAAACUGUUAACCUAAAACCUGAUUGGGGAAAAGGAUAUUCUCGCAAGGGUAGUGCUCUUGCAUAUUUGGGUAAAUUAGAUGAAUCCAUUGCAGCUUAUGAGAAAGGUUUAAUGUUGGACCCUGACAAUGCCCAAAUGAAAGCUAGUUUGGCUGAUGUCAGGGCUCAAAAGACUUCAACUAGAUUCAAUCCUUUCAAUCAUCCCGAUCUUCUUAAAAAGUUGGCAAACGAUUCUAGAACAAAAGCUUAUGUAAAUGAUCCGGAAUAUUUAAAAUUAUUACAAGAGCUACGUACUAAUCCUCAAAGUCUAAGUUUGAAUCUUCAAGAUCCAAGAAUACUUACGACUCUUGGAGUACUUUUAGGAGUAGACGAAACAAUGGAAGUAGAGCAAGAACAACCGUCAGAACCUCCAAAACCAAAACCAGAGCCUAAAGUAGAAAAAAAAGAAGAAGAAAACUUACCAGCAGAGAAAAAAGAAGCUUUGAAUGAAAAGAAAUUAGGAAAUGAGGCCUAUAAAAAGAAAAACUUUGAGGAAGCUCUUCAACAUUACAACAAAGCAGUUGAACUUGAUCCCACAGAAAUUGUUUAUUUGCUGAAUAUAGCUGCAGUUUAUUUUGAACAGAAAGAAUAUGAGAAAUGUAUUGCUCAAUGUGAAAAAGCUAUUGAAGUAGGGAGAGAAAAUCGAGCUGAUUUUAAACUCAUAGCUAAAGCAUUUACUAGAAUUGGUCAUGCAUAUGAAAAAAUGGCAAACUGGAAACAGGCUAAAGUAUACUAUGAAAAAUCUAUGUCUGAACAUAGAACACCAGAGAUCAAAACAUUAUUAUCAGAUAUAGAUAAAAUUAUAAAGGAAGAAGAAAGGAAAGCUUAUAUUGAUCCUGUUAAAGCAGAAGAAGAGAAGGAAUUGGGAAAUCAAAAGUACAAAGAUGGUGAUUAUCCUGCAGCAAUAAAACAUUAUUCUGAAGCUAUUAGAAGAAAUCCAGAUGAUCCUAAAUAUUAUAGUAAUAGAGCAGCCUGUUAUACAAAAUUAGCAGCUUUUGAUCUUGGAUUGAAAGACUGUGAAAAAUGUGUCGAGAUAGAUCCAAAGUUUAUUAAAGGUUGGAUUAGGAAAGGAAAGAUAUUGCAAGGUAUGCAACAACAAGGAAAGGCACUAACAGCAUAUCAAAAAGCAUUGGAAUUAGAUCCAUCAAAUAGUGAGGCAUUGGAAGGCUAUCGUUCAUGUGCUGUUUCCGUUAGUUCAAAUCCUGAAGAAGUUAGAAAAAGAGCAAUGGCAGACCCAGAAGUUCAAAGUAUUUUACGGGAUCCAGCCAUGAGAUUGAUUUUGGAACAAAUGCAAAGUGAUCCACGAGCAUUACAAGAUCACUUAAAGAAUCCUGACAUAGCUGCCAAAUUACAAAAGCUUUUGGAAUCUGGUCUUAUAGCUAUUCAUUAAAAAUACAAGGACAUUUAUAUGUGCGUGUGGUGCCUACACAGCACCAAAAUUAUAACAUUGAGUUCCUUCGACAUUAAGAACACUAUGCUGUUUAUUCUGUUUCCAUCUUUUGCUGGUUCAUUAACACAUUGUGCUGAAUGCUUGACAAAAGUUUAGUCAUAUAUCUUCAUUCAAGAUAACUAUCUUAAGUACUGGUUUUGUCGUAAAAUAUUUUAAUGCAUAUGCAGUGAAUCAGUCAUAUCACUGUCCAUUUUUUUUCUCAUCAGAAAACUUGUUAUACCGAUUAUCUGCAGUACAUUUUAUUAUAUCUACUUAUGUAAGCAGUGAAAUACUUAAUCCAGAAGAGAAUUUCAAUUGCAGAUGUAAAAAUGUCUGCACCAUUUUAUAAUAAAGCUGCUCUUUGUGAUUGCUAGUCGUAAAAAGCAUCUAUUCAAGGGCAAAUUAAGUUAGUUAAUAGGAACUAAUAAUAUAAAAUAAGUUCAAAGUUGAAUUAUUGCACGAAGGGAAAACUAAUUCUUGAUAUAAGCAGAGAAUGUUCAUGUAUGUUUAGUGGGAACGAUGAUCUUUAAUAUUGGCAUAAUUUAAUCUUAAAGUCUCUCUCAUGAAAUAAACAAUAAUUUCGUCGUAAAAUA